AUGUCAAAUUUCAUGCUUCUAGCAGCGCCCCGGAGCAUAGCCCACAGGCCGCCCAUCCGUCUCUCGAGGCCGUCUCGUCGAGCCCUGAUGACCCUCCCCGCCUUCUCCCUCGAAGGCAAGACCUGCAUCGUGACGGGUGCAGCUCGCGGCCUUGGAGAGGAGUUCCUCACCGCAUUCGCGCUCAGCGGUGCCCGUGGAGCAUGCAUAGACCUGUCCUUCGAGGCAGGGGAGCAAUCGAUCAAGCACAUCAGCGAGUACAUCUCCUCCCAGCCCUCGACGGCCUCCACCUGCAAGCCCGAAUGGCGCGUCUACGCCUGCGACGUAACCUCCGAGGCGCAUAUGGGUGACACCUGGGACUCCAUCGUCCAGGACUCUGGGCAGGUCGACGUCGUCGUCACGGCGGCCGGGAUCGUAGAGAACUUCGAGGGGGAGAAGUACCCGUUCGAUCGCUGGCGGAAGAUCUUUGAUGUCGAUGUCCACAGGAGCUACCUCUUUGCGAGGGCGGCGGGUAGGUAUUGGAUCGAGAACAGACGGAAGGGAAACUUGAUCUUGGUUUCGAGCAUGAGCGCCCAGGUUUGCGUCAGGCCGCCCAGGUUUGCGUCAGGCCCCAGAAGCAAGCGGUGUACAAUGCGUCUCGCGACGGAAUGGGGAUCAAGAAAUAUUCGUGUCAACAGUCAAUGUCCCGGCUACAUGAGAACCGACCUCAUAAGAGAUCUUCUGGAGAAGGAGGGCAAGCAUAUUGAAGAGGGAUGGGCCAAAGAAUUCCUCCGGGCCGUCUCGCCCAUCCAAAUGGAGGGUACACAUGCUGGUGAGGGAGACGCCUUCAGAGGCUUCCAGCUUGGAGGCCGGGAUCAACAAACGUUCACCCUGAUCAGUCAUCGUGACAUCCACAGAACAUCCUUCUAA